AUGGGUUUAAGCAACGAUUCCAAUUCGCUAAGCGGUUUUGCCGUUGAAGUGUUAGAAAAUGAUGAAUUGGUAAGACUAGUGGAAACUCUUCGAAAGGAUAUACGAAUACUAAAGCUUGAAAAUGAGGUACUUGAAAAGAGUAUUAUAAGACUAGAUCCAGCGUUAAUGAACGGUGUGUACCAGGCCUUAGACUUUGCGACGAAAUGGCAACAGCACGGUGGAGAUUUUACCACAAAUUCAUUGGGCAGUUUCGUUAAAACCCCUACGCAGUCAAAGUUCGGCCUGAUCGAGUCCAUGCUAUCAGGUCCUUCUAGAAUGUUCGCCAGCCAAUCCAGACUGUUCCGUAGAGUAGACUCGUCUGGAAAGAUCUGUGGCUCUGUCAUGAGCGGUGGCGGACCUCGCAUCAACAUCAACGAAAGACUCGAACUACUGGCUAUUACUAUAGAAUGUACGAAAAAUGAUUUAGAGAAAUGUAAGCGGAACGCUGCGAGAAAACAUGCUUAUUUGAAAGCUCAGUUGGAAGAAACACAACUUAGAUCAAUUGAUAUAGAAGCAUCUAUUAUAGACUUCAAUAAAGUAGUUGUGAAGGACAGCUGGGAUCCGAUCACGCUGCGGAUUCCGGCUGAAGCCUGGCUCAAAUUCAUGGCAGACUGGCAGAAGGCAGCUGACAAACAGAUCGGGAGACUACGUUUAAGAACAAGCACACUAAACAUACAGUACAGAAAGUUUAAAGAAGAAGCCGAAACCAAGAGAGAUUUGAGCCAAAAUCUGACUCCAGUAGACUUUGACAAGAUAAAAAUAGAGAACGAGGAAUGCAUGAAAAUACUAGAAAACAAAAACUUGCAACUGGACGAGUUGAAAACAAUGACAGGGGAUGCGAAUUUGAACUUAACAAUACAUAAGAAGAUAAUGCAAUUCAUGAAUACUUAUUUAGGUAAAGUGGAGAAACUUAAGGCUCGGAGAGAACAGCAAACAGUGCAGUUGGAGAAGGAGACAGAUCUGAUACAGAUACAAGCGAAGAUUUUGAAGCAGAAACUGAAAGAGAUACGGAAAAUGAGAAUGGCGUACCAUAUUCCUAACACGAGUGAUUAUGUAGACGUGAAAGAGAAGACAGCCGAGCUAAACUAUGCUAUCAAAAGGUUGGAAACCAAACUUCAUAUUAAGAAGACUGCAGCCCAUGCAGCUAGUCAGAAGUUGAGGGUAUUAUACAGUAAGAAAAGUUUUGAUAGUUCAUUAGACGAAAAUAUAACUGAUGAGAAAGAUGGUAAAUCAUCGAAAACAGCGAAAUUUGAUGAAAGUUCAGAAUUGUAGAGCAUUCUCCUUUUGCACAAAUAUCAUUGUCAUCAUACUGAUUGUUUUUUUUUUCGUUUGUAAAUAUUUAUUAUGCAUUUACUGAUUGAAAAUAAUCAUGUAUGUAUUUACAAGCUAAAAGAUAUUUUAGUGUCAUUAAUCGACUUAAAGAAUAGGUGGUAUUCAGUUGGUCAUGUAUGUUUUUUUUUUUGCGCGAUUAUCUCACGUUUCGCUGAAUCGAUUUUGAUGCGGUUUUCAGCAUACGAUUUGUCAUUAUUAGGAAAAAGUUUUAGGUUUUUAUUGAAGUCAUUGUUUUUU